CGCGUUUUUGUUAUAGCCAGAAAAUCACGAUUAUCGCAGAGAUGGCUCGCCAUUUCGUCCGUUCGUUUGUUAUUGCUGCGGCGCUCAGCCCUUUCGUUAAUGCUGGGCCAUGCCGCCCCUCUUCGAGCUCCGUAGCGGUCGUUACGACUACUGCUGAGACCAGUGUCGCGACUGGCUCUGCUACGACUCAUACCAAGGACUCCAGCUUGACUGAGCCUUUAUCUGGUACCUCAACUGAGUCUUCCCUUAUUGUCAGUGAGAGUGGUUCAACCACUGGUGCUUCCACUGAGACCAGUCUCACUGUUAGCGAGAGCGAAUCUGCCACUGAGUCUGCAUCUGCAACCUCAACCGAGACUACUCUCGCUACCAGCAAGACUGAAUCUGGUUCCACCAGCGCCGAGCAGUCGACCAUCUCGGGUUCUGCCCUCUCAACUGACAUCACCACUACCGCCAGUGAGAGCGACUCAUCCACCGGCACUACCCUGGGCACCACUACCUCAACUGAGUGCACCGAGCCAGAGCCUCCUGUCUACAAUGAUCCCUUUACUGCCACCUACACCGAGGAGAUCCCCGCGACCACAACUGAAGCGGCAACCACUACCGAAGAUGCUGCCGCGACCAUUGUCCCGAGAAACUUCGUUCGAAGAGGUCAUCCAGAGAUAUUUGUCAGGGAUGCCACAAGUGAAGCCGCUCCCACCACCAGCGAAGAUGCUACCACUACAGAAGAGGCUUCCACUUCAGGAGACACCACUACUACUGGAGAGACAACCGCCACUUCUGAAGACACCACUGCUACCACUGAGGGUGCUACCACCACCACAGAAGAGGCUACCACCACUACUGAGGCUACCACCACUGCUUCUGAAACCGCCACCGGUUGCAUCAAUAACAUGGAGAAACCAACACCUGAAGGCGCCAACUGCGGUGCAAGGGGAUAUGUAUGGAGUGGUUCUAACGAUUGGAGAUACUUGGGCGAAGGCCCGUCUUCCUCUGUUCUUGAUUGCUACGCGGCUUGCCAGCAGAAGAGUAACUGUGUGACAUUCUUAUACGAGAAAGACAUACAGUGCAGCCUCUACAUGGGUACUGUCACUCAGCUCAGCCCGGACCGAACUGGUGUAAAGACUUACGAGACGCGCUGCUUCUGUGACACCGGUAUUGAGCCAGCUCCGACCUGCUCAUAUGACACCUCCAUCAUCAACGGCGGUUUCGAUGACGGCAAGUUCUCUCCGUGGCAGGAGGAUCCUAAUCCUGGCGGUAAAGAUCCCGUCGCCUUGAGGCCCGUUCCUGGUGGCGAGGGUGGUACCUCUUAUCGGCUCCAGACUGGCCAGUUUGACUUCGACAAGAGCAUGUGGAUUUACCAGGAUGUCAAGGCCUGCCCUGGCACCACGUUCUACUGCAGCUAUAGGUGGUGGUGGGAUGAGUACUACUCGAUUCCUCAAAAUAGUGGCGGCAGCUUGGUUCCAUAUGUCCGCGUUUACCAAGACGACGACAGGAUCGGGAACAGAUACCCAACCAGUGCGGAACAGACGAAGACGUGGAUCAGCGCAAAUUUCGAGUUCACUAUGCCUGAUAGCGGAGAGACUAGGAUUUGGUUCGUUGCUAGCAGUCCUCAAGGUGAAUGGAUCAAUAAUAGCGAGGACCCUUGUACGCCCGACUGGGUUCACCGACCUAACUCGUUCGCGUUGGACUCGGUAUAUUGCAGAAGCUAGAAGGUAAUAGGAAGAUUCCUGUUGGAUCCAAGGAUACGCAUUUAGAACUUAGAAUUUCUCUGUAAAUAAAUUCAAUAUUAGUAUAUUUCCCUA